CGCGAGAGCGGAACUCUAGCAUCAGGGCCCCAGAGAGACCGGAAGCAGCGCGCCGCCGCAUCGGUCGGGGGACGCGGAGCGCCGAGGGGAGCGUGUCCCGGGCCGGUUGGAGGCACCAUGUUCCUCACCGCUGUCCUCCUCCGCGGCCGCAUUCCGGGCAGGCAGUGGAUCGGGAAGCACCGGCGGCCGCGUACCGUGUCUUUCCAAGCGAAGGAGAGCAUGAUCCGUCGCCUGGAGGUGGAGGCCGAGAACCACUACUGGCUCAGCAUGCCCUACAUGACAGCAGAGCAGGAGUGCGGCCACGCCGCGGAGCGACGGGCCCAGGCUUUUGAAGCCAUCAAGGCAGCGGCCACUUCCAAGUUCCCUAAGCAUAGAUACAUUGCAGACCAGCUAGACCAUCUCAACAUCUCGAAGAAAUGGUCCUAACCCUUCAAGAUUAUGGAUACCGGACUGCUCUAUCCUUACUUGGUCCUGGAGCUGAGAAAAUGUAAUUUAUGUACCAGUGUGACCCCUUCGACCAGUAUCUUAUUAAAGCAAACAUGAUUGAUUAAUAGUUGUCUCAUACGGAAUACUUGGGACCCUACCUAGGCGUUUGUUUCACACCUGUAAUCCCAACAUUAAGAGGUGGAGGCAGGAAAAUCUUUGCUGAUGUAGUUAGUAAGACCUAGACUCAGAAGGCCAAAAGAGACUGUUUGAGGCUCCAUAUGUGCAUAAUCGGUCUAUUUUCAGGGUUGUUUUUUAUUUUUUCUGGCCUAAAGCUUGCAGCAGCCCUCCCUGUGCCUAGCUACUGGAAUUACAGGCAUGGUUCCCUGCCCUUCUGUAAAAUGUGGGGUUUUUUUUUUUUUUGUUUGUCUCACUAUAUAGCCAUAGAACUUGCUGUAUAGGCUAGGCUGGCCUUGACCUCCGAGAUCUACUGGCCUCUGCCUCCCAAGUGCUGUGACUAAAGGCAAGUGCCACCAUACCUUGCACCUUUUAGAUUUAAAUGCUGUAAAACUACAAACUGAUGAGUCUUAAGGCUGAGGUACUUGGCUAGAGCUUUGUUGUACAAGGGGUGUUUUCUUACUUUCUGUCUAGGAUAGCCAUUCUCAACCUGUUGGGCAUGACCCCUUGUGGUGGUUGCAGAACCCUUUCAUGAGGCUGAGUAUCAGAGAUUUGUAUUAUGAUAACAGCAAAAUUACAGUUGUGAAGUAACAAUGAAAAUAAUGUUAUGGUUGGAGUCACCACAACAUGAGGAACUGUAUUAAAGAGUGUAAGGGAGGUUGAGAACCACUGCUCUAGAAUAGAGCCUGCCUUUGAUUUCACAGCAUUCUGUAAGUGGAAGUAGGAUCUGAAGUGUUAGGUCAACUUCCAUGCAAAUUUGAGGCCAGCCUGAGAUAGAUGAGACCAUUUCCCAAAAGAAGAGUGUUUUCUUUUAGAAUUUGGAUUCUGUGAGUGGACGUGUGAAGUAAAGAUGUUUACUAGAACUGUUAACAGGAAAAUUUCUGUUUGUUUGGUUUUUUGAGCUCGUCUAUAUUGCCCACCUUAGCCUGGAACUCCUAAAUGGAUACAAACAGUGCAAUUUUUUUUUAAAGUUUGUUUAAAAACACCGUUUUUGGUUUUUUGUUUUUUUUUUUAAUGUUGUUGGUUUGUUUUUCAAGACAGGUUUUCUCUGUGUGGCCCUAGAUGUUGUCAGACUCACUCUGUAGACCAGGCUGGCCUCAAACUCAUAGAGAACUGCCUUCCUCUUGCCUCUUAAGUGCUGGAAUAAAGGUGUGUACCACCACCACCUGUGCACACAACUUUUUUGAGUAGGUCUGUGUAGGUUGUUGAACUUAUGGACUGAAUUGAUCCUCCUGACCGAGUCUCCCGAGUUUCUGGGUCUACAGAUGCAGAGCAACUUGGGAUUUUUUUAUUAUUAAUAUAUUUUUUUUGAUUUUUCAAGACAGGGUUUCUCUGUAUAGUAUUAUUUUUUUAAUACAGAUCUUACUGUAUAGUCUUGGCCUCAAAUUUAGAUGGGCACCGAUCUCUGUCUCCCUAGUGCUAUAUACUACCAUACCCAAUCCUUUUUAAUCUUUUGAGUUGGUGAUUUCAUAAAGUUACCAAGAGAAAAAAGUACAAGUCCAUUGUAACUAUAACCAAGUAACAUUUUUCCUCUAACCAUAUCAAAACCUAGAAAUUGCUAUACUCUGUAGAGCUUUGCAUAUGCACCCAUGUUUAUGUGUACAAGUCUACUUAGUUGUCAUAUAACCAUGGUUCCAUUGCUAUAGCAUCCUUCAUUCUCUUUGUAGAAACCUGACUUCCCCACUAUUGUUCAUCUCUGUUUUUGGGAAGAAGGAUCUGUAAGUAAAAUAAUUUAUAUUGGCUUUUUAAAAAUGCAUAAUGUAAUUUAUUUCCUUUGCCAUCCAUUCUGGUGGUUACAUUUUUCAACGAUUUGAACUUCCUUUUUUUAAAUGUGUAGCCCAGGCUGGCCUUGAAGUCAGUGAUCCUCCUGCCUCUUCCCCUCAAUUGCUGGGAUUGUAAGUAUGCACCACCAUGCCUAGCAAACUUGCUUGUUGACUGCAUUAGUGUAUCAUGGGCCUUUUUGUGAAUCUAUACAGAUCCCAUAUUUCUAUUACAUGCACAAUAAUAUAGAUAUGCCUGUUAACAUCUAUUGGUAAUGGACAUUUAUUUUUUUUUCUCCAAUAAACCUUGCUGUCAAGCAUGUCAGUA